AUGUCAGGUACCGGGGAACUGGAUGUCUUGACAGUUGAAUUCUCAGGCAAUGCACUGCUAAUCGCUGAUAACUGGGAUUCGACGUUUGUAAACGUUGCUUCUCGAUACGGUGUAGGAAUUGUCUGCACUACACCUGAAGGAUUUGCAAGCGUUUUGACCUACUACCCCGACCAGUUGGCGGAUUUGGAGAGUAAUUUGGAGGAGAUCGCAAGCAUUGCUGGAUUAUCGUACGGAACUGUCGGAGCUGAUGGCCAGACUACCGGUGUUGUUGCAUCCGGCGCUGAUAUGAGUGUCUGGAAUAUUGGUGAAACCGGGAAAAGCGCUUGUGCUGGUCUGAAAGCCAAAUGCUAUGUACCGGAUAUUUGCGGACCCGAUGGCACUGACAAUACGCCAAGCACUGGCUCCGGUUCUGACUCGGGUUCAGAUUCUGGUUCUUCGGGUUCCGGCUCUGGUUCUGGUUCUGGUUCUGGUUCUGCCUCUGCACCAGCUAGCUCCGCGCCAGUUGCCUCCGCGCCAGUUGCCUCCGCGCCAGCUGGCUCUAACUCUGGAUCUGGUUCUGCCUCUGGUUCUGCACCAGCCGCCUCUGCACCAGUUGCCUCUGCACCAGCCGCCUCUGCACCAGUUGCCUCUGCACCAGUUGCCUCUGCGCCAGCUGGCUCUGGCUCAGGCUCUUCACCCGUGGGUUCUUCAUCCGCAGCCUCGAUUUCAGGUUCUAACCCCGCCGGAAUUGCCAAUGCUUCCCCAGUUGCAUCCCCAUCAGCUGCUGCAAAGGUAAAUCCUUCUGUUAUAGCUGCUCAAGUCAUUUCAGCGCGUUCCGUAUGGGCCGGAUACAGGGCUAAUGGAACUGAUACCACAGUGGUGAAACACAAUCCUUCUACCGCUGUUGUGACCAUUACCUCUUGCUCGGACAACAAGUGUACAGAAACUCCUGUCACCACUGGUGUCACAACGAUCACUGGAAUUUCUACCACGUACACCACAUUUUGUCCUUUGACUGAGCAAUAUGCCGCGUCCAAUACGAACUCCAAAAUAGCGCCUCUCUUGGUUCCGUACUCAACUUGGUUAGCACGGGGAGGAUCUAACGGUGGGUCCAAUGCUGCAUCCAGUGUUGCAUCCAGUGCCGCCUCCACUGUAUCACCAUCAAAGCAAACUACCACUUCUACUGAGGCUGCUGUCGUUGGUUCAGCUUCCACGAGCAAGUCCACCGGUUCUGGAGCUUCUGUGUCUCUUCAAUCUUCUUCUUCCCACACUGGUUCCACAGCGUCUUUGAGUAUCUUUACCGAUAACCAGGGUGUGGAAGUUCUGGUUUCCAAGGGAGCCCUAUUGGCUGCUGCUGCUCUUGUAUUGUUGUAA